CUCUCGUCUAAAAAACUCGAAAACAGAGCGGUGCUCUGUUAAUAUUGUACAAAAGUUUGAGAGAGAGAGAGAGAGAGAAAGAGGUAGACAGCGAAGGGUUCAUGGCUUGGAAUAAAUUGGAGGGAUAAAGUGGCGACAGUUGUAUCUGGUAAAGCAAAAGUUUACAUCUUUUCUGCCACUUGAAUCGGAGGGAAAUGAUUCGAGCAACCCAUCAUUUCUCGCUAUCCAUGCUCGACACAGGAGCUCGCUUCCAUCAUUAGGAUCCGAAAACAGGGGAAGGAUAAUAUGUGGAGCAAAAGGAGGAGAUGGUGGAUGGAACGAGAAGCCCAUGCCUAGAUGGCGUAAAUGUUUUCACCGAGACCCGGUCUUCAGUUGCUGAAAAAUUGGAUCUUUCUUCUUUGCAUAGAAAAUAGUAGGAGAAAGCUUGUAUCUUUCAACGUUCUGCGAAGAAAUCAGAAUAAAGUUUGAAACUUUGCAUUACAUCCUGUGGUUCUUAGGUUUUGGAUCCUUUUCUGUCCUAUAAUUGCUGAAUCUAACUCGAUGUCGAACAAAGUUAAGCACCAUUUGAUUCCAUACUGUAGUCCGGAUAUUGUGAAGUUCACGGUAUAAAUGUUGUGCCAUUUUCUAAAGAUGACAGUUUUUUCUUGUUAUGAGAAAAUAAGGUUUUGAAGUUGAUAGAUUCACAGCUGACGCCCACCUCGAGCGAAUGCUUUCUUGUUUGGAAGAUUAUUAGGAAGUAGAAGUCACAUAAAUGGCAGAUUUUAGAGUUGGCAGGCUUGAGCAGGGCCAGACAAAGAUCCGGAAUGUACCCAUUGCAGUAACCCCGGAAGGGUUUUGGUGUUGUCCCUCUCCUGCAGUUCUUCAGAAGUCCCUCAAAAAUCAUAAUCACCAAAGCAAAAGCAAAGCAUCAUCUCCAUUGCGAUCGAGGGCUUCAUCACUUCAGAGGACAGCGACUUCGACAGUCGAUAAGAAAACACAUUCCGGCUCAUUAGGGUCUAAGGUUGUUUCGGAUGAUCAGAGAUGUCCGACUUCCGAUACUGCUGUUCCUGCUGCUGUCAGUCCAGCAAGUGUGCCUGAGAGGCCAUCAGAGAGGCCACCAAAACCAAAUGUUGAUAAUCCGCAACGCAAGAUAUCAGUGGGGUUUGGCCAGCCUGAGACCAGCGAUUUGAAAGUGAUUUUGUUUGGUAAGGAAGGAAUCUGUGUGAGGAUGAGUGUGCAUUGGAACAUUCUUGCAGAAAAUAGUCGUUUCUUUGCGGAUAAGCUUGCCGGGCAGUCUCCAGUACCAUGCCUUGAAGUAGCAGACUGUGAAGAUGUGGAGAUCUAUGUUGAGACAGUGGGAUUGAUGUACUGCAAAGAACUUAAGCACAAACUGAUCAAGCAAAGUGUUCCGCGUGUGCUACGCAUAAUCAAGGUUGCAGAAUCACUUGGCUUCCGUGCAUGCAUCAAAUCCUGCUUAGAUUAUUUGGAAGCAGUCCCUUGGGUUGCAGAGGAAGAAGAAAAUGUGGUGUCUUCUAUCCGACAUCUGCAGAAUUAUGGUGCAAGCCCUCUGUUGAAGCGAGUAGCUUCCGAUUUAUCAGAUCCACCAAAUGACACUCUUGCACAUAUAAUGGAGUUAGUCCUCAAAAGCAAUGAAGAUAGAGGUCGGCGAGAAAUGAAAUCCUUAGUGCUGAAACUUCUGAAAGAAAACAAUAUUUGGACAAAUGGAUCUGUAAACAUAUGCAUUGAGUUGUUUUACAGUUCAUGUAGGAGCUGCAUGGAAUCACUGUUGGAUCUGUUUAGACAAGCAUCUGAGCCUGGUUUCUCAGAUAAAUCUUUGGACAGCAAAGACCCUGUAAUGCGGCAUAUUGCUCUCGAGGCAGAUAAUCUUCUUUGGUUAGUUGAGAUUCUGGCUGACAGGCAUGCAGCAGAUGAAUUUGCUGUGUUGUGGGCUGGCCAGCACGAGCUUGCUGAAUUACACUCAAAGCUACCAAUCAUGUCACGCCACCUCGUUAGCUGCAUCACUGCGAGGCUUUUUGUUGGUAUUGGAAAAGGAGAGAUACUUCCGCCGAGGGACACCAGGCAGCUGCUAUUACAAGUUUGGCUACAGCCACUCAUUGGUGACUACAGCUGGUUACAACAUGGUUGCAGAUCAUUUGAUCGGAAGGUUGUGGAGGAAGGAAUUGGCCAAACCAUUUUGACACUUCCUUUAGAAGAUCAGCAGAGUAUUCUGCUUUCUUGGUUGGGAAGUUUCCUGAAGGUUGGCGACAACUGCCCAAAUCUUCAGAGAGCCUUUGAAGUUUGGUGGAGGAGAACUUUCAUAAGGCCCUAUGUUGAAUACCAGGGCAUAAAUCCGCAGUCAGAUAAAAGUUAACUUUUAGACUUGUAGUUAGGCUUGAAGAAAAUGGCUGCCUUCGGAUUGUAUAAUCUUAGUUUGAAUGAAAACUCUGCACAAAAUUUGUACUGGAUGGGAAGAUUGGAGAGGCAACAUCAGGUAUGUUUUUGCUUGGAACACAGGUAGAAAGUGACUGUAACAUCUGCUCAGCUGAUAAAAUGGCACUUUUGGCUUGUGAGAAAUGCAAAGGUAUGUUGAAGUUGAUGUUUGCUCA